AUGAAAGAGAAUCAGCGGCUCCAACACAAGGUUAUUGUCCUUCACACUGAGAAUACUACAAUGAUGAGUGCAUACAAGACUCUGGCGAAAUGUGUCCCGCAGGCGCUCUCUCUCACGAAUCCAUUUAAAUUGCCGAUUUCUACUUUACCUUCUUCAACAGUGCCAUCUGCUGUCGGUGCAGUGGUCUCCUCGGAGCAGUCUGACUACCCUCUCAUUAACUGGUGGACGAAGGACAGCUGGCUAAAGCGGACUGAGACACUGGAGCCUUAUGAGGGCAACAACAUGAUGAUGUAUGUCGAAGAGCAAGACGGCACCCCAAUCACUGGCCGGAGAGUUGGCGAGAUUCGAAAGGUCGCGAGAUCCAUCUGGGCACACCUCGCGGAAAUCGGUAAGGCACCUAAGUCUUGGGGGAAGGCAAGUAUGAUUGCUGCACAGAUGUACAAUGAGGAGAUGGCCAGACAGUUCCCGGAGCUUCGAUACUGCACAGCAAACUGGAAGGCAGAGCAGAUUGCAAUUGACAACUACUCAUCUUGGCACAAUCACUGUCACCCCAAAGCUCCCAUUUGCAAGCAAGAAGAUGCGGAGAAUAACACCGCCGUGGACUGGGAACCGACGCUCCGUGGUAGCAAGCGAGUUCGCUCCGAUGACUUUGAGCUGAACGCGCAUUUGACAGUGUCCACGCGCAAGAAGAUCAAGACAUUAUCGAAGACAGAUCCCGUCUUAACCGACAUCAUCGAGCAAGAGCGCUCCGAGCCGAGUGGAUCAAUUGGCGAGUUGCAUACUUCUGGUAAACCGGAUGCCGUGAACAUUGUCCCUGUCAUGGAAGAAGGUAGUAGCACAUCUGACAAGGGUAAAGGACGCAUCGCGCUCAAGAUUCGGAACCCAUUGAUUACUUCAGUGACAAAUGUGGCUCAUGCAAAUGUCUUGCCCACGGCCGACUCAGUAAACGUAACACUUGUCACACCAAUUGACGCCUCCGCGCUCACUUCCGCAGCGUCAUCCGUGGGGAACACAUCUUCAAUGCACCGUCAAGCGAACAUGGCUGCCAUCGUGCAUCCCGCACUCAAUACCCUCGCCAUCGCUGCAGCCAUUGUCACUCAUUCUGCCGACCCCAUUGCUCCUCGCCCUUCGCCGCCACCACUGUCAAGUCCCAGAAUCUCCAUGGUGCUCCCAAUUGACCCCUCUGGUGCUUCUCAGCUGGAGCUUCCCUCCGCAGGCCAAACGGUCGUAACGACCGCUCCCCGUUGUGAUGCCGCUGGUGUAGUGCCCGAGUCGUUCACAGCGCCGGCAGCAAUGGCAAUGCAAUCAGUGGCUGGACAUCCAAACUGUGGACCCGUUGCGGCUGCGGUGUCCGCAGUGCACGCGAACAUUGCGGCUAGCCCCACAACUUCAGGCCCUUCUCACACUGGCACUCCGUGCACUGCCACUGUCAAAGGUCCCGCGAAAAGGCCUAGCACCAAGAUGCAUCCGGGUGAUACAGUUACGCUAAGAAACCUGUGCGCAGUUGAUUGGGUAACAACACACCUGAAUGGGACCACGGCGGAGUUCAAGCAUUACUUUGCUCUUCUCCCACCCGCGGAGAAGAAGCCUUUCGAAGAAGAGUCGAAGCGUCUUAAAAAAGCCGGUAUAUCUCGUCUCACCAUUUCGGAGAGGGCGGGUGGCGUACCUAGCUUGAGGACGGUCUCCAGUGUUCGAGGGUAG